CGGUCACUAGAGCUCUCGCGUUCUCAAUUUAAAUUUAUAUUUUUUUUUAUUGUCUAUUUCAAAUUCUUUUUUUUUUCAAAAUGUUUCGGGUACUGAGAUGUUCGUUGAUUUUUUUGAUAGCGGUCAAUUUUAGGGUGUUCACGAGAGCCACGUCGACGGUGUCCAAGUCGUUCAGCGCCCACGGCGUCGUCUCCGAUGUCAUCCCAGUGGCUCCAGGGGCUCUUGCUGUCGUGAAAUACCCCAACGGAGCGGUCGUGAGCGAAGGCAAUGUGCUCACUCCCACUCAGGUUAAGGACAUCCCGCAAAUCAGCUGGAACGCCACCCCGGACAAAUACUACACCGUCGCCAUGAUUGACCCCGACGCGCCAUCCCGCGCGGAGCCCAAGCGCCGCGAAUGGCAACACUGGCUGGUCGGCAACGUGCCCGGCAACAAUGUUGCUGCCGGCGAGACGCUGUCCGCGUACGUGGGCUCCGGGCCCCCGCAGGGCACCGGCCUUCACCGCUACGUGUUCCUGGUGUACCAGCAGCCCGGCAAGCUCAACUUCGACGAACCCAGACUACCUAACACAUCCGGUGACAACCGCGGAAAGUUCUCCAUCCAUAAGUUCGCGACCAAGUACGGGCUAGGCGCCCCCGUGGCCGGCAACUUUUACCAGGCCGAGUGGGACUCCUACGUGCCCAUCCUGCACAAGCAGCUGGGCGCCUAAGGAGGAGGCUUAGAUCUUAACAUCUCUAACUUAACACAUUCGCUGACGGGGUUAGUGACGUCAUGUGUCAUAGGCCAAAAGAAACAAAACUACGCGAAUGCUAUAGCAUUCGUGUCCGCCAAUGCGUAAACAUGGUUAACACUUAACACGUUUUUGGGUGGUGGAAUGUAUUGAAAGUAAUCUAAUCUUUAUAAAUGU